GUGACGCGAAAAAGUUCCUCUUUCCCACUCGGAAGAGGAAGUUUCAAAAGCCCCACUCCUCCCCCUUAAGUAACGGUCUGCGGGAAGGGCUGGAGAGGGGAAGAGGCGUUGGAGGAGGCCACUUUUGCGCGCGCUCCCCCCGCGUAGUCCCGGGACAGUAAAAACUGGAGAGGGGGCGGCGGCAACGAGACAGGAAACCGCAAAGGAAAGCCGUCCUCCAGGCAGAAAGUUUCAGCCAAGGGAGUUUGGAGAGGACGAGAGGGAAACGCGGUGAAGCCGAGAUCUGAUUCCAGGAACGGGGAAGCUCAGCUUCCAAAUUAUUCCUCAGCCCGUUUCAGAGGCGGCUGGAUCCCAGCGUACCAGCAGAUCGGAGAUCUACCGCGCCGGGAGAGCGGGGAGGAGGUAGAGGCCGCCCAAGAACAGAGUGUCGUCGGCUGUUGCCGGGAGGAAGGAGGCGGGGGUAUCGGCUGCUGCGCCCGGGGCCCUGCAUCGCGCGUCCCGGUGGACGGGAAAGGAUCGUUGGGUAACGAAUGACCUGCUCCUGAUCCGCUACAAUGGGCUGAAGAGAUUUCACUUAAAAACAGAGAACCUUGACGCUCUCUUGACUACCAGAACCGCUUGAAUGUCAUGCCCACUGUGCGCGCUCAGAGGCUUCCCGACUGAGCUUUCCCGGCGCGCAACGAGGCGCCAUGACCGCCUACAGACUCAACUUGCGCGUCUUCUGGCCGCUGGUGACGUGCGGAUUCACCGCGAUCCUGUACCUCUUGCAAGCGCUGAGCAGCCAAGCCGGCGCCGGCGCGGCCCUCGGGGACUCCGGCUUGGGCGCCCCGCUGCUGAAAGCAUCGCUGCUCCUCUUGCUCCUCCUGGCCUGUUUGGCGCUGCGCUAUCGCGACCGGCUGCCCGGCCGCGCCCAGAGACCCGCCGGCCUCGCGGAGAGCCCCGAGGGUGCCUGGAGUGAACUUCGACGGCGGCGGCAGCAGCGGCGGCGCGACUUGCUGGAGGAGUUUUACGAGCAGCAGUUGAGGCUCUCGCCCCACGUGCUGGGCCACAGCAAGGCGCACGUCAGCCUCGUGGUGGGUGAGCUGGUGCGCGCCGGCAAGGCUCCGGACCGGCUGGCGUCGCGCGGGGACUUCGUGCAAGUGGGCAGCGCCUACGAGCAGCACAAAGUGCGCAGCCCAGAUUGCUUCGACGUGCUGGUGCCUCUGCGGUUGCCGCCCCGCCUGGAGCUGCGGGUACAGCCCCGUCGGGGGACCGAGGCGGGCCUGCUCGGAGCCUUCGUGUGCGCCCUCCAAGUGGUUGCCGGUUGCGCACACGACGAGGCGGGCAGCGGCCGAAGUAACGGCCCCUCUCCGCGCGUGGUGGGGGCGCUAAGCGAGGCGCUGUGCGUGGAGCUGCCGUCGGCUCAGGGCGGCGGGAGCCACCUGUCGUCGGCGCUGGUGCUGCGCUGGUUCCAGGGCCACGUGCAGCGGUGCCUGGGGGCCGUGCGCUCCCGCCUCCAGGAGCGCUGCCGGGUCAGCUUGGCCGUCGGGCCCGGGCGCCCGCUCACGUUGCAUAUCGCGCCUCGCUCCGACUACGUCUGUUGCCACCUUUCCAUGGCCGUGCGCCUCACGCCGGCCAUCCCGUUCGGCGAGGCGCUCUACCUCACCCCUUUGCCGUCGGCCCAGCCGCCGGCUCCCGGGAAGCUGGGAGCCUUCUGGACGCUCAACGUCUCCAAACCGGAGCAGAAGCUGCUGGGCUUCUUAAAGGAGCAAGCUCCUGCUGACUCCUGCCACCUCAAGUGCCUGCAGAUCCUCAAGGGGCUCAGGGACCUGGGGGGACGCUCUUUGGAGCAGCCGCUGGGCGCUCAGUGGAACCGGAUCCUUUCCUCCUAUGUCCUCAAGACGGCGCUUUUGUGGCUCCUCCUGCGGGGUCCCUUGCAAGCUUGGGAGGACCAGUUCCUGGUGGAGAGGCUGGAGAACCUCUUCCUGUUCCUCGUGGAAAGCCUGCAGAGGCGUGAGCUGUUGCACCUCUUCUUGGGGAACCCCAACCUCCCUGAAGCCCUGAGCCUGCCCAAAAUCCUCAAGGAAGCUGCUCCAGUCAACCUGCUGGCCGACUUUGAUGGCCCUACCUUGGACAAGGUGGCCGGCCAGCUCUUGAACACUUGGAAGCAGGCACCCAAGAUGAUCAGGAUGUACAGUGGCCACAGAUACAGGAGAAAACAUCCUGCCUGAGGUUGGAGCAGAGGACUCUCAGUUUAAGGGAGCACCAUUCGGGCUGUGCGUGCCUUUGCUUAAUCUGUGGCCAUAAUAUUAAUUGCAGAGUUGGAAGGGGUUGUAGAGGUCCUCUAGUCCAACCCCUGCUCAAAGCACGAUUUGAAGUGUGAGAUUAAGUAUCUACAGAGAAAUCACCACCAGCCUUCUGCUUAAACACCAGCAAAGAAGAUAUCCAGUAUCUCCCUAAUGGCCCAGCAGCUCUUACAAUUAGUGUGGCAGCUUAGCUGAAAUCUGCCAUUUCCAUCCUUUAGGGUCUAGUUGUGCCUUCUGAAGCUUCAGCGAAGACGUUUUCUGUGUCUUCUUAGUACUAUUAACAUCAACAGUAGCCUCUGUUCCAUAGUCAAUAACAACUUUUGGGUAGGAGAGUUUUGUCAGAAUUUAUGAAGUCCCUCCCCCUUACAAUCCUGAUCCUCUCCAGACAGUUGCUAUUUUUAAAUAUAUAAAACACAUGUUUACUGUAAUUAUGCGUUUGAUGUAAUGUGUAGUUUGGCCCAGAGGUAAUUUCAUUUGGAAUGUGGUUAAGCCAUCACAAUGGGUCUGUCCUACUCAUAUGUUUUUCACAUGGUUUUUGCUGUCUUUCGAAUGCACCACUUACCAGAUGCAGAGCACAUGGUCUCCUGAAAGCGAUUACGGUACCUCUGAUAUCUUAAUGCAUGCCAGUGCAUUUGGGAGCAAACGGUCCACAAUGACAACAUAGAAUGUGGGUGCUGUUUUAAAAAACGACAUAAAAAAUGAGUGUGAAAGUUGCCCUUAAAUACACAGGUCGGCACUACCGCUGGGUUAUUUUAUGGGCUUCAAAUUAAAUAGAAUAGUUCUGAUAUCGCUAAUCAAGUAGUGGGGCAAUUUUAGGGAAAUACUGUGCCGGUUGCAUCCUGAGAGUAAACACAGGUUUGUCUCCAACCGAGUUUUGCUCAGGGAAUUGAAAUGAGUUGUGCUCAUAAUAUGACUGAAGUUUUCCGUAACUCUGAUUUUUUUGGGAAUUGAGUCUGGUCUAUUUCCUCUGGAAGGAUGUAUAAAGGUGCAGAAUUUCACCCUAAUAACCACUUGUAAUCCUUCUUCACCCAACAUUUCUUAUUACAAGCUGUUGUGGUGAGGUGGGUUCAGCUUUUGGACAUUGGUACCAGCAAGUUGGGAUAUAUGUUGUGCUUGAAGAGGGAACCUGUGUAUGGAAGUAUCUUGCAGCAGCUCCUUUGGGGAGCUUCCCUUUCAGACAGGUAUGGGGAACCCGUGCCCCCUGAGAUCACUGAACUACAACUCCCAUCAGCCUCAGCCAGCAUGCCCAUUGGUCAGGGAGCAUGGGCAUGUUCCUGGACUCCAGGAACAGCUAGAAAACCACAGGUGGUUUAUCCCUUCUCUAAGGCAUUACUGUGGAAGAAUCUGGCUGUGUGUGCACUAUAUCUUGAAAGCACUUGUCCUCAAAGAAUUCUGGGCUCUGUUAAGCGUUUGUUAAGCAUUGCUGGGAAUUGUAACCGUGUGAAGUGCUCAUAAUUCUUUUGAAGGGAGCGCAUGUGCUUCAAAUGUGCUUUAAAGGUAUAGUUUAUACACAGCCCACAAAGCCAGAGUUGUGUACAAUAUCCAGAACCUCUCUUGGCCUUGACUCGGAAUGUGCUUAUAGCUACAAGAGCCCUUUAUCUCUAGUGUGGGUGAGGAUUUUUACAUGCCACCGCACUCAAACUAUUUCAAGUGGUGGGGUAUGCAAGCUCACGGCCUGCACUUAUCUGAACGGCUCAUGUGACCCACGGUCACAUUCCCCCCCCCUGCCCAGUUGGAAACAAAAUUGGGUGUCCUCUGUUGUGUGAUUUGGCAUUGAGCCUGAGGACCUGAACAAUUUUCCUAACGUCUCACAUAAUGUGGGUCAACAAUGAACACCAAAGAUGGGAUGGUGGUCAAGGAGAUGUUGGUGAUGGGAUGUGAAAUGGUGACAUUUCCCCAAGAGGGCACGAGAGAUCUAGCUGCCAUCCGAAGGGAAGUUUCAUCUUGGGGACUUAAAUACAAAUAUGCGUUCAGAGACCAAAAAUAUUAGCACUCUAUUUUCAUGAAGGCCUCUUGUUUUUAUUCUUGCAGUGUGUGUAGGCUGUCUUAAGCAUUUUUUUCUCUGAAGCACCUGAGCAAUAAUAAGCAAAGAAUUGGGUAAAAGAAACAGGUACCCAGAUUUUCAAUAAGCUGCCUUUAUAAAGGCAGAUCCAGAACAUUUACCUUAAGAGGUACUGUCAAACCUAAAUCAGUAUUUUGCUUUAACCAGCUGCCUUGUUGAAAGCUACUCUCCGGUGUGUGAUUUAAAAGAAUCCAGCUCAGGGGGGAGUUUCUAAACCCUCUUGUUGCUUCUGACAACAAACUUUGUCUGUUGACUGUUCCAGUGAAUCUCUUGGUGCUGGGCCAGGCAAAGUCUUCCCAGAUUAAAAUCAACAGGAGCUUGGCUUUUUAACCCCUUAGUGUACAAAAGCAAAGCAUACCAAAGACUUGAGGACGUCAUGCUAUGUUCUUGGCUCUUGAGAAGCAAGUCCCACUUAGUACGAUUUCCUCCUGAGCAAAUGAAUGUACAUAGGAUCGGGGCCAUUGUGUGCGGCGGGAGCAGACCCUUCCGCUCGGAACUGCUUGCAGUACCUAGCCACAAAAAGGAAAUAAAACCGAAGGGGGUCUCUGUAAGGGCUCUGGCAUCUCCCCGAAGGUGCCAGGUGUUUGUGCUGACCCCAGCUGCUUCACAUGGAACAUUGUCCACAUAAAUAUAGGUACAGGGAUAUUGCCAUGGUAGCAAAUAAUGUGAUCAAUCAUAGCUGGCAAACUGGUCUAUAUCAGCACAGAAGUCAGUUUGCUUUCAGUGGUCAACCUGACACUGGGUUGGUUUUAUCCCCCUGCCACCUGAGAUGGGCUAUCGCUGAUUCCAGCUGUUUUUGGACUACAAUUCCCAUUAUCCCUGACCACUGGUCCUACUAGCUAGGGAUGGUGGGAGAUGUCCAAAAACAGCUGGAGACAAAAGUUCGGGAAACACUGGGCUACAUGGGCCUUCUCUGAUUUUGGAGGCCCGGUGGAAUGGCGCCUCACUUUCUGUUUCCCAUGUGCGGUUGCAGAACGAGGCUUUGCGUCUCGUGCCUUUGUAAUGCCAGUUUUGACAGUGUUACUCAGCAGCUCUCUUGACCGGUUUACAUGUAAUGUUAUUUUAUUUUAUUUUGGAGGUGUAGCUCAGGAAUCCCCAAACUUUGACCCUCCAUAUGUUUUGGACUACAGUUCCCAUCAUCCCUGACCACUGGUCCUGUUAGCUAGGGAUCAUGGGAGUUGUAGGCCAAAACAUCUGGAGGGCCGCAGUUUGGGGAUGCCUGGUGUAGAUGCUUUGCAUCCACUGUUUGCUAAUUGCUAAUAAUUAGUUUUCCUUAGGCGUGUCGGCAUUUGGGGGAGCCUUUUCCAGACUGAGGGCCACAUUCCUUUGUGGGCAACCUUCUAGGGGCUGCAUGUCAAUGGUGGGUGGAGCCAAAGGCCCUGAAUGGGCAAAGUGAUGAAUGAGGCUUUGUUGUACUGUAAUAGGUUGCAUUCCAGCCAAGCGAACAACUUCUGUUUCUACACACACACACACCUCUCUCCAGCCUUCUAGGCAAACAAGAGGUAUUAUUAGAGUUCAAGGGUGCACAUUGAGGAGCAUGUAGAUCUGGGCUGGUGAGAUAUGCUGUCUGGGGGAGAGUGCAUGGGUUCUGGAGUGCCUAAGGGUCAUAUAGAACGGCCUGGAGGAUCACAUUUGAGGUUCCGAGGUUCCAUACUCCUGAUGUCCAACGAGCCUUUGCAUAGAAUGGAAGGUUGCAACAGCAAGAAUGCUGCCAUCACUGUUAACAGGCUGCAUCAAGAAAUGUGCCAUUAGUGGGGUGGGUGGGGAAGUGCAGUUGGCUUUGGAAAUGAAGGGAGAUGGAAAGGAAAUGUGUUGGAAGACAUAGUUGGAGCAGUAGUAGCCAGGAAAAUAUAAAUCAAAUGUUUGUGGAGGUUGGAGAAGGGACUGGGAAGGAGGUAUAAAUGAAGGCAUUUGGGGGGGGGAAGGGGCGUUGAGCAUGUGGCAAAUGAGUUCCUAAGCCAUUAACAAUAUUCAAUUGGCUGAUACCGGGGGCAGGACCUCCUUACUGGGACUGUCUUAAUGGGAAGGCCUGACAAACCCCCUUCCUGCUUUGAGACAAGUGUUGCGGCAGGAAAGCUGACUGUAGAAUAUGAGACUCUUAAUCUCAGGGUUGUGGGUUGAAGCCCCACAUUAGACAAAAAAAAAAUAUUCCUGCAUUGCAGGGGGUUGAACUAGAUGACCUCGUGGUCCCUUCCAACUCUAUGAUUCUAUGAUAUUCUUGGCACUUUAUAAUUGAAUUUUGCUGUUGGUGCAGAGACGGUUGUUUUGUUUUGCUGGUGUAAGGAAAUGGCUUUGCUCCAACAUGUCCAACUUGGGUGUAUAUGAGGAUGCAAUGCUCAUUUAAGGUGGGGUGGGGAGCCUCAGGCCUAGGGGGCAAAUGCACUCCCCACCCCAGGCCUCUCUCUCUGGCCUUGGGUCUCACUCUGCUCCCCCAGCCACAGGCCUCAAGGAGCCUUGCUUUACGCCCUUCUUGAGUGAUUUGGAAUUUGUCCUUCAAUUCUGAUUCUGCCUCUCAGUUGUGUUAGCUUGGUGAGCUGUGGUCCCUGCAUUGCAGGGGGUUGGACUAGAUGACCCUUGGGGUCCCUUCCAACCCGACCUUUCCGUGAUUCUGUUGAUGGAGGUUAGAGAGGUGUGUGCAUAGAAACUGGCCUGUUGCUCAAAGGUGGAAUUUGUUUUCAUUGCCCCACCCACUUUUGCCUCUGGCCCCACCCAUCACUUGCAUGCGGCCACUGGAAGGCCGCCCAGAAGGAUAUGCGGCCCCUGGGCUGAAAAAGCUUGGACUAAUGUAAAGAAGGGUUUCAGGAGACCAGUGCCCAGGCGGAGGGAGCCUGAAUGUGAAUACUUGGAUUUAAUUAUCCGAAGGAGAUGCUUGUUAUGUUGGAGCAGAGUGAUCAUUUUAAGAUGUGCUUGACCACACACCAAAACCUCUCUCUCUGUGUGUGUGUGUGUGUGUGUGUACCUUGCACACAUUCAUUUUUCCGCUGUUGUUUUUGCAUGCCUUACUCUCCAGCCGUUCAGUGUGAGUCAUCUCUCCAUCUCUGCAGAAAUUAAUCAUUAGGAGUUGUUAUGGGUUGGUUGAGAAAGCUGCAGGAUGGAGGGCUUGUUUGUCAAAUAGUCUCGUAGUCUAAUAAGAGACUAAAUUGAAGAGCCACGCAAAGAAGCACAUCAUUUUGGACACUGCUGUGUGACUUCUUUCUUCUCUUUUUACCCCUCCACCCUGCACACCGUAUUUUGGAAGCACUAGAAUCUAAGCCUAGGCUCUUGUUUCUCAACCAUUGAGGGAUACAAAUGCAUUUAACUGUACACUGAACACAGUGGGACAUCUGAGUGAAACAUGCAUAGAAUUCCUUUAUAAGAUAGUCUUGCAAAGCAGUCACUUCCUUAGUCUCCUGUGGUGAGCAGUGAUUGCCUCCAGGUGACCACGUAUGGAAACAUUUGCAAAGGUUAGUUGCCCAGUCCACUUUGUGCCACAGAUGAUUAACAUACCAGUAGGCACUAGUAACUUUUGCAUUUGUUGUUUAGUCGUGUCCGACUCUUCGUGACUUCAUGGACCAGAGCACGCCAGGCACUCCUGUCUUCCACUGCAUACUGAUUUCCAAAAGUGAUUUCAUAUUUGCAGUAUUAUAAGUACAUCUUGCAGGCAUGGCUGGUGUUGGUUAUAAUUUUCUCAUUCAUAGAAUCACUCAGUCUGGACUCCAGAAGUGUUCCUAUACCUCUAGACUUGUGUAGAAGGAGCAAUCUGACUGUAGUGACGUUUCCCAAAAUCAUAAUCUUCGGUAGGCAACUCCAAAAGGUGGGAGACAUGGACCUGAUACCCUCUCCCCAUUCACGUAGUGAAAUAGUUGAGAACUUGCUUUAAGCCCCCCGUCCCCCCCCAGAAGAAACCAUUCCUCUUCCAGGUUUUGCAUCUUGUUGCCAAAUAAUGCAAACUAAACCUUAACUUUACAACUGACAAUUGUGGUACGAUAAUGGCUAUUAGUUAUCUAUCAGACCAAGUGUGUUUUGAUGCUUAUUGGAAGAUGCAAAAGCACUUUGAGUAUUAUUUAAUUGUUUAAAAUUUGGAGGAGCGAGAAGUGGUGUUAAGAAGUUUUUUUUUAAUGUCAUGAUUUUUUAAUUGUUUAUGAAGUUGCUAAUAAUAAUAAUAAUAAUAAUAAUAAUAAUAAUAAUGUGCUCACUUUUUUCCAAUAAAAAGCUGAUCGUAUUUGAAUCUUGCCACUAACAAUAAACAGCUGUUUGAAGCCUCCUGGGCUUGCUUCUUUGCGUGCCAAAAGAUGACUUGCACACAAUGGUGAACGUGCUCCAACAGGAAGUUUUCCCAGAGAGGGCUGUUGAACAGGAGUGGCAUGAAAGUCUAAUCACUUCAAGAACGCUGAAGAAGAAGAAGAAGAAGAAGAAGAAGAAGAAGAAGAAGAAGAAGAAGAAGAAGAAGAAGAAGAAGAAGAAGAAGAAGAAGAAGAAGAAGAAGAAGAAGAAGAAGCACACAGCAGAUUGUGCCUCACUGUUUUUUUCUUAUUCUCUGCUCAAAACAGUUUCUCUGGUGGAUGUUUCCCACCAACCAAUCUGUGGUAUCUGUGUAUCUGAAGAUACAUCCAGCCGGGUCUCCCCAGCCACUGGGCAGCUUCCAGCAAAGAUUAAAAUACAAUAAAAUACAAUAAUAUGUCACAGAUUAAAAACUUCCCUAAACAGGGCUGCCUUCAGAUGUUUUCUAAAUGUCAGGUAGUUGUUUAUCUCCUUGACCUCUGAUGGGAGGACAUUCCACAGGACGGGCGCCCCUACUGAGAAGGCCCUCUGCCUGGUUCCCUGUAGCUUUGCUUCUCGCAGUGAGGGCACCGCCAGAAGACCCUUGGCGCUGGAACUCUGUGUCCGGGCUGAACAAUGGGGGUGGAGACACUCCUUCAGGUAUACUGGGCCGAGGAAUAAGCCCCUCUUGAGAUGUAAUGCUCUGAACUCCCUCCAUUGAAGACUUUAAGUAUAAAUAUGUGCACAUAAACCAAAUAAGUGUAUCUGAAGAAGUGUGCAUGCACACGAAAGCUCAUACCAAAAUAAAAAUUUAGUUGGUCUUUAAGGUGCUACUGAAGGAAUUCUUUUUUGCUCCCACCAACCAACUUUGGGUAUCAGAGGUAGGUGUGUUGCCAGGCACCUAAGGGAAUCUGGACAGAGGGCCAUGACACCUUUGCAAAAAUACCGGUAUAUCACGUGCUCCCUAGACUAGUUGCCAAGUAAGAAAGGAGGCAGGUAGUUGGCUGAGAGUAGACUGAGCUUGGUACAGUGCCCAAUUUUCCCUAACAGACCAGCCUCCACUGGAAUAGGGAUCUGCUAGCAACUCUCAGCAUCCUUAGCUACAGUUCCCAAGAUUCUUUGGGGGAAUGCAUGUGGCCAUAGAUAAAGUAGAGCUAUUGAGUUAAUGGGCCUUGGGUCUGAAGUCAACAUAAAAAUGCUUUUAAUUCCCAUAGUUCCAAAUAUUAAAAGGGUGUGUGGAUUCCUUAUGCAUGUAAUAAUGGUAAUCAAAGCACCUUCAUUUUGUUCUCAUAUAUUUAUACAAAAACAAUCUCCCCCCUUGAUGCAUCUAUUUUAUCAGAAGCUUAGAGUGACAGGCGUAUUGUUUGUUAUGACUAAUUGUCUCGACAAGAAUAAAUUGGACUGGAUAUUUUUGUUGGAGCCAAAGACAUUCCUUCAACAGUUACCAGAUGGAAGCACAACACAACAUAUAAACGGGCUGGUACAAGGAUGUCACCAGCUCCAAGCAACACAGCAUUUUUGGCAACAAGGGCUUGCCUUUUUUUAUUUUUAUCAGUGACAAUUGGAUGACGGGGCAGGAAGGAGGGAAGCAACUUGGGAUUUUAUAUAAUUUAUUUAACGAUGCACUGUAAUAUAACCACCGCUCUGUCAAGGCAGUUUACAAUUUAAAACGUUAGAACGAGCAAAUGCUGUAAAAUAUUGUCAGGCCAACAUCAGAAGUUGGCCUGGACUCUCUCCCUUCUGCCUUCCCUCACAUCAGGCUGGCCUGAGUAGCCCAAACCAAUUCUAUGAUCCUAAGCCCCAACAAGUAUGGCCAAUGGCAAGGGAUGAUAGGAGUUGUAGUCCAGUUCCCCAUAUCGGAAAUAAGCAAUAUGAACUGAGGGCAUUGCUAUCAGGGGUGCCAACUUGAAUAAAAUAUUGGUUGAGGGGGCAGGUAAGCCCCACCCUGCAUAAUCAAUCACAUGACAUGGUACCCACCAUCUGAGUGGCAAUGCCCAUCAACUUUGAGGGGUCUGCCUCACCCCCUCAACUAUUUUAUUGAGGUGGCGGCGAAGGGACCUCAACCCUUAGGAGUUGGCUUCUAGGAUUGACAUGCGAGUUUCUAUUGGGCUGAUAGAAGUUUCUAUUCUAGCAUAUAGGUGUGCUUUGGACGUGUCCAUUCUUUAUUGUUUUAAAAACUAACUUUAGUUAUUGUUUUCGCACUGUUCCCAAAACUAUUUUUGGCUGUGGUAUGUUUGCCAGUCCCUUUGAGAUGUUUGUAAAAGAGGAUUCAUAAAUAAAAUACUGUACUACCAUUACCGGUACUACUUACUGUCUGCCCCUUGGCUGUUUUGAAUAGGCAAUCCUCUUUCCACAUGGCAUUAUGUGCCUUCAAUGGAAUCCUUCUGCUCAGUUGUAGAGGAUCUUACUGGCGUGCAACCUAGAAAUUCAACUUCCUGAAUAAAUGAAGCAUUAGAUCAGCUG